AUGCAACUGUUUGCCAACGUUCUUGCCAUGAUUUUUCUUGCAACCUACGCAAUCCACACUGUGUCAGCCGCUCCCAAUGGGCUAUCACCGGGAGGUAUUCAGUACUUCUCCAAGAGGCACGCUUUGUCCGCCUCAACCUGGAGGUCUGAAGAGGACCCACACGCGUUUAUGAACGCGAAAAAUCUGGUCAAGAACAUGCGAAGACAAAUUCUCAACGAUGCUGAGUCAACGCUGUCCACGGCGGAAGGUCCCUCUGUAGCCGCCGAUGCUGCACAGACAGUAGAGAACAACACUGGUACUGAUAGAAGUCAAGCCUCUGUAGGCCCUGUCGGUGCUAACACAUCUUCUGUUCCCACCACAAUUGGAGAGGCUGCCAAUAUUGCCCAAGGCGCAGCGUCAUCCCCCCCUACUACCUCUACGGAUAAUGCCAUUUCGUUGUCAAAUGAUUCACCGACCACUUCCGAAUCGGCAGCUGUUUCUAGCGUUCGAGUUAGAAGAAAGAACCUUGACGACGUUAGGGCUGAGGCACCGAAAUCUAUCUCUAUCGAGAACGCCUAUAGUUUUGAAUACCCUGUUAAAUAUUCGACCGUGGCACUGUAA